ACACACCAUCUGCUCGAAUCUGCAGUCAAUCGUUCCUGGUUCCAGACCGACGUCGGUAUCCGUCUUCUGCCCGCUCGCUCGCAGAUUACAAUUUGAUUGUGUUCUCGGUACAAUCGUUUCCAGUUUUGCGCCAACAACAAAAGAGCUAUGGUGUUGAGUAGAAAGCUUCUGGCUGUGGUCGGCUUGGUGGGGUUGUCUCACGGACAAUAUGUGAACACAACAAGUUCGGCUGUCGAGGUGCAACAGAAUAAUUACAAGUCAACAUCGAGUUCUACUCCUUGGAAAUCGUCGACGAGCUCUACACCCUGGAAAUCAUCAACAUCGAGCUCCACGCCGUGGAAGUCGUCGACAUCGAGUUCUAUAUCCUCUAGCUCCACUCCUUGGACAUCGAGUACUACGUCUCCAGGGACAUGUGCUGCAUCAACGAUUACUGUCACUUCGGUGCAGACUGGAGAGUGCUCUCCCGUGACUGAGACGGAAACCUGCACGGAAACUAUAACUUCCACGGAAACUUGCACGGAAACUGUGACUGCUUCAUUUACAGUGACUCAGGAGUUUUACUCGACUAUUACUUCGGAUAUCUACUACACUCAAACUCAAACAGACAUUGAGACAAGUGACAUUUACUAUACUCAGACAGAGAUUGAGACAAGCGAUAUCUACUACACGUCCACGGUCGAAAGUGACGUUUAUGUCAGUGUAACUUAUACAGCAACGGAUGUCAUUACGAGCGAUGUGUACUACACAGUUACCACAGCUUCCGAGAACGAUAAGUACAUUAGCGUCACCGAGACAGACGUGGUCACAUCGGACAUUACAGACACUGCCGUUGUUACGUCGAUUUCUGUUUCUGAUUACACCACAACCGAUGAGGAGACAACAACGACCACUGCUUGGUCUAUUACGACUCAAACUGAUAUAGUAACCACUUCUUUUCCAUACAACGUGACCAUAACCGAUUCCUACGGAUACACCGUUACUUCGACAGCAUGGAGUACAACCACAACUACGUGUGUUGAAGUUUAUUCUACAACGAUUCCGACAACGACAACAGCUAUCGAAACAGAUUAUAUAACCAGUUAUAUUACCACAACGACGACGUGUAUUGAGCCAACCACUCUUCGCUCUGAAGAUCUCGACCAAGAUUCCAGCGAAUCUGCCGCUACCCAUGCCAACUGGAUGAUUUGAGUUCCAUCAAGCGUCAAGACUCGAUUCAGGCAUUGCUUUGAUUUGGUGAAUCUUGAUAUUGUAGUCACGUGACGCAAUAUCCCCCUUUUAACCACCUGCAGACUUGCGAGCCGUUGAGCCGUUGAGCGCUCGCUGCUUGCUUGGCUAUCUUCCAUGCUAGAAGUUAUAAUUCAGAAAUAUAUCGUCGAGGGCAAUGUCAAGAGUUGGCAACAUUUGAGCUCGUGUUGUCAAUUUUUCCUUUCAGCAUAUUCUCACUUUCUU